GUGCAGCGAUCGGCUGUGUUCGAGAGGAUCAAAAAAACGCAAUGUAUCAUGGGUACAUUGUGACUGACUGAUCUAUAAAUAAUGAGUCAUCAUUUAUGAUGUAAAGUGAUUUGUAGAUCAGUCAGUCGACAGUCGUGUUGAUCCUCUCGAACACGGCCAUCGUGUAGGCACAAGUCUGGUCCAUUUCUAUCCCCCCUAACGCAACAUACGAAAGACUUGACCAUCUGACCAAAGUGAUCUGCUCGAACGCGCCCAUUACCCUCCAGACUCUCCGCUGCGCUACUGAAGCGUCCACUGUUGUCGGGCUUGGACCAGUCCACCUUCUAGACUGUUCGUUAAAACUAACUACACAGAACACCUCACACACACCUCUCUCUCUCUCACUCCACCUCCAAUACUUCACUGUAAUAUCUAUUGUCUUGUUUACAAACGAGGCGAGGCUACGGGAGGAUCUAUUGGCUUUUUCUCCGGUUCUCGUCCACCCCCCGCCGAACGGCACAAUGGAAUGUGACUGGCAGCAUAUGAAGCGGGUGGACGGUCGCGGUGUGAUCAUAUCGCCCCAAAACAGCAGCUGGUUGCAGCAGAGCAGAUUUGACAACAGACCGACAUACGGGACCGAACCUUACCGAACAGGAUGGAGUGGCAACCAAUGGAGAUUAACCCGGAGAUGCUGAACAAGGUGCUCAGUGGGCUGGGGGUGUGUGGUAGCUGGCGCUUCGUGGAUGUGUUGGGGCUGGAGGAUGAGGGCGUGUCUUCAGUACCUUCUCCCAGCUGCGCCCUCAUGCUGCUCUUCCCCCUGACACAACAGCACGAGUCGUUCCGGCAGCAGCAGGCUGGGAAGGUGUCGGGGGAAACUGACCUCUACUUCCUGAAACAGACGGUGGUCAACUCCUGUGGCACCGUGGCUCUGCUGCACGCAGUCGCCAACAACCUCACCCACAUAGAGUAUGAUGAUGACUCUGCUCUGAAGAAGUUUCUAGAUGAGACGGCUAACAUGACCCCCGCCCAGCGAGCCACACACCUGGAGAACAACCAGGCCAUCAGAGACGCUCAUGAUGAGGUGGCAGCCCAGGGCCAGUGCAGGGUGGAGGCAGAUAACGUGAGCUUCCAUUUUAUCACCUUCGUCAAUGUGAAAGGACAGCUUUAUGAGCUAGAUGGUAGGAUGGAGGGACCGGUGAACCAUGGAACCACCAAGGAUGACUCCUUCAUCAAGGAUGCAGCCAGGGUGUGUCGGGGUUUUGUGGAGAGAGCAGAGGGAGAGGUCCGCUUCUCCGCUGUGGCCCUCUGUCAUACCUAGAGACCCUGGACACACACACACACACACACACACACACACACACACACUGGUGAACCACGGUACACACACACCCGGUAUGCACUGGAAACAUAGUUUGCACUCUCCCCACACACACACAUGCGUAGAUAGUAGUUUGCACAAGCCUGGUGUGUGUCACGUUGAUGUCACUACUGCUGUACUUUCUGUCUGCUGUU